AUGCGUCGUCUUCCAAAGUUACUUUGGGUAAUAUUCAACGGUAAUCGUGGUGUCGCCACUGUAAACUGUCGUGAGAGCAUGUUCGUUCAAAAUGGCUUAUUACUCACCUUUCCUGCAUAUCCCGUAUUUCCAUAUCAGAAUCCUGGAGAUAGCAAUUUCAAUGUCUGUAUGAUGCCGACUAAAGACCAGAUAGAGCAAAUUCCCGGAACACCAUUAACUAAAGAGGAAAUUGCCAAACUACAAGCAGAAGGACAACUUCCCCCAGGUUUAGACCCAUCAGUGGGUGCGCCAACUUUGCAUAGGAUUAAACAGGGUGAUCAGGAGAUUCUUGUG